GAAAAGAACACAUUCAUCUUCUACAACUUUGUGUCAUAUCUAACUUAAAAUGUCACAGAAUAAAAUACCAAGAGUUUAUGUCAUAAGAGAAGAGAUAAAAGCAAUGGGGGCUGCACAAAUAAUGUUUGGCCUAAUUCACACUGCACUGGGGUCUCUCUGGCUCUUUUUGUACCACCUAGAAGAUGCGAAACACAGUGUCGGUCCUGUCCUUAUGACAAUUGCCAUCGUUUACCUGUUUGUGUCUGGAUCAUUUUUCAUCAACUCAGGAUCCAGCAGUGUAAUCCAGGGUGAUGUUUCAGCAGGUCAGCUUGUGUUAGGAAUUGUAAUGAACACCAUAAGUAUCUUCGUGGCUAUUAUUGGAAUAAUUAUAUUUGCCGUUGAGUUUCCAGCUUUUGAAGCACUGGGAAAGCAUUACAUUUGGUCAAAUAUGGCUGGCAUGAUGCUUCUGCAGAUCUCCAUCGUAUGUACCAUCUCAGAGCUGGUCAUUACAAUCAUCAUCGUCGACUUGUUCAGAAUGGCAUUCCAUCGACCCAAACUCUGGGAUGAAUGUUUCUCAUCUUCAGAAUCCCUAUCCGAAACCCCAACUCCACAUGAACUAGAAGUCUCUGAAGGCUCCCCACAAAACCAAGCGAAAGCUCAGAAUGAUGUGUAGAGCCCUGUGAUUGGUUUUCCAAGACACCUCGCGGGAAAUGCACUCUAAGGAUACCCUUGACAGUCCUCACCUUUUCCUAGCUCCUUAAUAAAGGGUGCAAUUCGAUCACAA